AGUUGACCAUGUCCCCCCUGGAACCGAUGAUCCUACUGAACCGCCCGAAACCUUAAAUGAUCCCGCUGACUACGCCAGAAUUCUCGAAGAGUACAAACCUCUGGCCUGGUCGACGUUGCCAGAUAAUCCCUUCUACGACACGGCAGACGUAUUUUUCGAUCUCCAGAAUGAAGUUGAGCCCGGUAGGAGUCAAAAUAUGAAACGAGUCAAUGUGACUUGUCGGGAACGCUUCGCUUACCAAAUUGAUUACUUCGAUGCCUACUUAAAGCUCGCGAACCUUCCUCAGCAAAAGGGGUGCCUCAAUGACUUGACAAAAUGUCCUGAGGGUCUCUCUCUGGGUGCAUGGAUCUCCCUGCCUAGUAAUCUAACAGCUCAGACUAUACCCCUGAGCAUUUUUGAGAUUGCCGGUGAGCUCAAGGUCGCCUUUUACGGAGAAUUUCUGCACGUUUUUGUCUACAAUGGCAGCAACUGGGCCACUACAAGACUCGUAAAGCCGCCACCACGUGAUGUGACCUUCAACUUGGGCAUAUCCGUGCCAGGAGGAUUAACCGAAGGCGUGACCAUCUUCAUUAACGGCUACCAAGGCGAGACUAUGCGCUUGGGAGCGCCAGCUACGACAACGACCCAGCGCUCCACAAUAUCUCCUGGAGAGUGGAUCCUCGGCAGCUGGGAGGAGCAGGCCGCCGCCAAAGGCGCCUCGAUCUCAGAUCUCGUGGGCUGGAAAAGGUUCUCGCUACCUUCAGAGGGCCAUCGUUUUCUGGGAUACACGUGCUCGCCGCCCCAUUGCCGUGUCGUCACAAACAACUGUUCCAUUGCUUUCUUUCACUGGCGCCCCGCCCCCCGAGGCUUGACCUCGCAGCUGCUUCUGGUUAACCGAUAA